CCCCCAACAAAUCCAUGGCCACUUGCUUCAAGACCAUCUGCAAGUGGCAGAGGGGAUAGAUGAGCUCCAGGGGAAGCAAAAACCCUGAGACCAUCGGGAACAAAGACAGGAAAGGGAGCCAGAACCGGGACAGCAGAUCCUUGUCCAGCAGCAGGGCAGGGUCUGUCAGAAAGUCCAACGAUGGCCGGAAUGAGCAGGACCUGAGCCCUGGCCAGGACGACGAGGAGCCCUCUCAGGCCUACCUGGAUGCCGGGGAGGCCCUCCCCCUCUCCAAAAACCCAGACUUCAUUGAGGAUGACAGCCCCAUCCCCAACGCGGAGCCCUCGCUCAUCUUCGAGAGGGAGGGGGCCUCUGAGCAGCCUUACCACUCCUACGUCUACAAUCCCCCCGUGUGCCUCGUAGCCAUGCCGGCCCACUCUCCCAGCCAGAACUCCAGCUCUGCCUCGCUGGAGGAAGCCGUGGACAACGGUAACUACAUGAGGUCCAUUACCAGCCUCGUGGGGGGUGGGGAAGGGCCCAUCCGCUCUCUGUCUGACAUCCUAGUCUGGACGGAGACGGCCAUGGGCACGGCCACCGAGCUCCUGAACUCCAGCCACACGUCCGUGACGGACAUACUUUACGGUACGGGAACCACCCUGCGCUCGAUGACCAGCCUGCUGGGGGGGGCUCGCAGCGCUCUGACCGAUGGGAUCUUGAACGGGACGGGCACCAUGCUUCGGACGAUGAGCCAACUCUUAGAAAACAUUGAGAGAAGAACCAUAGAGGGCAUCCGCUAUGCCUUCCGCUUUAUGACCCACCGCAUCUCUCUCCGUAGGGCUAACACUAACUGUGACAAUGAGUAAGACCUGCCGCAGACUCUGGGGCUAAGGUGGCUGGUUUGCCUGCCCCCCGUUUAGCCCUCCUCCUACCUCCUCCCCCAUCUUUUCCAGGGCCCCUUUUCCUUAGACCAGGCUAAUAAAUCACCAACGCCGUUUAUUUUUUAA